AAACUGCCAGCCGAGAUCACAGGCUCAGAGGCUGAAGCAGAAGGAAGGAAAGACUGGAAGGAAAAAAGACAGGUUAGAGGGAAAGAGGCUUGGGAAGGAAACAACAGAAAAGAAACUGCUCAUUAAACUUACAGAGUGACAACUGACGGUGGAGAUGAGGACAGAGGGAGACAAGACGGUGAAAGACAAAAAAUACAAAUAGAGAGAGGAAAAAAAAUGUCAAGAAGAACAUCCAUCCGGAGAAAUGAAGAGAAUGAAAGUUUUAUGCUGCAGAGCCGUUCUGUGCUUUUCCGGCACAAAAUUCUCUCGCUGUUUUUAAGCCCUUUUGCAUUUGCCAGCGGUUGAUGUUAAGAGGCAUGUUUAGCGGUGCCAGGAGCAUCUCCUCUUCCUUCUCCUCUUCCUCUUCAUCUUCCUCCUCCUCCUCCUCCUUUUCCUCCUCCUCAUUCUCCUCCCAUCAGCAAGAAGACAAACCGAGGACAGUCUUGAAAUAUCGAAAUUUCCUCUUUGGGAUUUGCCAGCGCCGCGUUGCGCCAAGACUGUCGGAAUAAAGGACGCUGACUAUUGUAUUAUCAUUAUUUUAUUAAUUGGUCAGUGGGAAGAUUACAGAUGAGGAAAGGGGACGCCUGUCACCCUUCCUGCGCUAAGAUUAAAAAAUGAGGCUGCAUUGGGGGAAGCUCUAACAUGAAGCAAAAGGAAUAAGAAUUUUAAAGACAAAAAGCCACAGGAGCCCCCCGCCCCACGUAGCGUACUUUUAUUUGUAUUUUUUGAGAUUUUUUUUUUUCGUGGUGGUGGGGGAGGUGAUUGGGUGGCUGACUGGCUGCGGGAAGCUACUUCCUUUCCUUUUGGAGAUGAUUGUGCUAUUAUUCUUUGCCUUGCUCUGGAUGGUGGAAGGAGUCUUUUCCCAGCUUCACUACACGGUACAGGAGGAGCAGGAACAUGGCACUUUCGUGGGGAAUAUCGCUGAAGAUCUGGGCUUGGACAUUACAAAACUUUCGGCUCGCAGAUUCCAAACGGUGCCCAACUCAAGGACCCCUUACUUAGACCUCAACCUGGAGACCGGGGUGCUGUACGUGAACGAGAAGAUCGACCGCGAGCAAAUCUGCAAACAGAGCCCCUCCUGUGUCCUGCACCUGGAGGUCUUCCUGGAGAACCCCCUGGAGCUGUUCCGGGUGGAGAUCGAGGUGCUGGACAUUAAUGACAACCCCCCCUCUUUCCCGGAGCCGGACCUGACCGUGGAAAUCUCUGAGAGCGCCACGCCAGGCACCCGCUUCCCCUUGGAGAGCGCAUUCGACCCAGACGUGGGCACCAACUCCUUGCGCGACUAUGAGAUCACCCCCAACAGCUACUUCUCCCUGGACGUGCAGACCCAGGGGGAUGGCAACCGAUUUGCCGAGCUGGUGCUGGAGAAACCACUGGACCGAGAGCAGCAAGCGGUGCACCGCUACGUGCUGACCGCGGUGGACGGGGGAGGAGGGGGAGGAGAAGGAGGGGGAGGUGGCGGGGGAGCGGGCCUGCCCCCCCAGCAGCAGCGCACCGGCACGGCUCUACUCACCAUCCGAGUGCUGGACUCCAACGACAACGUGCCCGCUUUCGACCAACCCGUCUACACUGUGUCCCUACCAGAGAACUCGCCCCCAGGCACGCUCGUAAUCCAGCUCAACGCUACCGACCCGGACGAGGGCCAGAACGGUGAGGUCGUAUACUCCUUCAGCAGCCACAUUUCGCCCCGGGCACGGGAGCUCUUCGGACUCUCACCGCGCACUGGCCGGCUGGAGGUGAGCGGCGAACUGGACUAUGAAGAGAGCCCAGUGUACCAAGUGUAUGUACAAGCCAAGGACCUGGGCCCCAACGCCGUGCCUGCGCACUGCAAGGUGCUGGUGCGAGUGCUGGAUGCUAACGACAACGCGCCAGAAAUCAGCUUCAGCACUGUGAAGGAGGCGGUGAGCGAGGGCGCGGCGCCCGGCACAGUGGUGGCCCUGUUCAGCGUGACCGAUCGCGACUCGGAGGAGAAUGGGCAGGUGCAGUGCGAGCUGCUGGGCGACGUGCCGUUCCGCCUCAAGUCUUCCUUUAAGAAUUAUUACACCAUCGUGACCGAAGCCCCCCUGGACCGAGAGGCGGGGGACUCCUACACCCUGACUGUGGUGGCCCGGGACCGGGGCGAGCCGGCGCUCUCCACCAGUAAGUCGAUCCAGGUACAGGUGUCAGAUGUGAACGACAACGCGCCGCGCUUCAGCCAGCCGGUCUACGACGUGUAUGUGACUGAAAACAACGUGCCGGGCGCCUACAUCUACGCGGUGAGCGCCACCGACCGCGAUGAGGGCGCCAACGCCCAGCUUGCCUACUCUAUCCUCGAGUGCCAGAUCCAGGGUAUGAGCGUUUUCACCUACGUGUCCAUCAACUCUGAGAACGGCUACUUGUACGCCCUGCGCUCCUUCGACUACGAGCAGCUUAAGGACUUCAGCUUUCAGGUGGAAGCCCGGGACGCCGGCAGCCCCCAGGCGCUGGCGGGCAACGCCACUGUCAACAUCCUCAUAGUGGAUCAAAACGACAACGCCCCUGCCAUCGUGGCGCCCCUGCCAGGGCGCAACGGGACUCCGGCGCGCGAGGUGCUGCCCCGCUCGGCAGAGCCGGGUUACUUGCUCACCCGUGUGGCCGCGGUGGACGCGGACGACGGCGAGAACGCCCGGCUCACCUAUAGCAUCGUGCGGGGCAACGAAAUGAACCUCUUUCGCAUGGACUGGCGCACCGGGGAGCUCCGCACAGCGCGCCGAGUUCCGGCCAAGCGCGACCCCCAGCGGCCUUAUGAGCUGGUGAUCGAGGUGCGCGACCAUGGGCAGCCGCCCCUGUCCUCCACCGCCACCCUGGUCGUUCAGCUGGUGGAUGGAGCAGUGGAGCCCCAGGGCGGGGGCGGGGGCGGAGGAGGAGGGUCAGGGGAGCAUCAGCGACCCAGCCGCUCUGGCGGCGGGGAAACCUCGCUAGACCUCACCCUCAUCCUUAUCAUUGCUCUGGGCUCAGUGUCCUUCAUCUUCCUGCUGGCCAUGAUCGUGCUGGCCGUCCGCUGCCAAAAAGAGAAGAAGCUCAACAUCUACACGUGUCUGGCCAGCGAUUGCUGCCUCUGUUGCUGCUGCUGCGGCGGUGGAGGUUCGACCUGCUGUGGCCGCCAAGCCCGGGCGCGCAAGAAGAAACUCAGCAAGUCGGACAUUAUGCUGGUGCAGAGCUCCAACGUACCCAGUAACCCUGCCCAGGUGCCCGUGGAGGAGUCCGGGGGCUUUGGCUCCCACCACCACAACCAGAAUUACUGCUACCAGGUCUGCCUGACCCCGGAGUCCGCCAAGACCGAUCUGAUGUUCCUUAAGCCCUGCAGCCCUUCCCGGAGUACGGACACUGAGCACAACCCCUGCGGGGCCAUCGUCACCGGUUACACCGACCAGCAGCCCGACAUCAUCUCCAACGGAAGCAUUUUGUCCAACGAGACUAAACACCAGCGAGCAGAGCUCAGCUAUCUAGUUGACAGACCUCGCCGAGUUAACAGUUCUGCGUUCCAGGAAGCUGACAUAGUAAGCUCUAAGGACAGUGGUCAUGGAGACAGUGAACAGGGAGACAGUGAUCAUGACGCUACUAACCGUGCCCAGUCAGCUGGUAUGGAUCUCUUCUCCAACUGCACUGAGGAAUGUAAAGCACUGGGCCACUCAGAUCGGUGCUGGAUGCCUUCUUUUGUCCCCUCUGAUGGACGCCAGGCUGCUGAUUAUCGCAGCAAUCUGCACGUUCCCGGCAUGGACUCUGUUCCAGACACUGAGGUGUUUGAAACUCCGGAAGCUCAGCCUGGGGCAGAGCGGUCCUUCUCCACCUUUGGCAAAGAGAAGGCCCUUCACAGCACCCUGGAGAGGAAGGAGCUGGACGGACUGCUGUCUAAUACGCGAGCGCCUUACAAACCACCGUAUUUGACACGGAAAAGGAUAUGCUAGUCAAUUCUACAGGACUUACCUGAAGCAGCAUGAUUUGCACAAAGUCGACCAACAAAAGCAUCAACUUUUCAACUUCAUUAUCUUGGCCAUUCAGUUAGUUGUAUGUAACUGAGUGUUAGAUUUCCGGCGGAGUCAUCGUGGCCAAUUAUAGGACCUAAUUGCUCUCAGCAGGCCUGAGAAAUGAGUUGAAAUGUGCAGAACUGUAGAAACUUUAGAGGCAACUGACUUUGCCUCUCCGAUCAGUGUGUGCCUGUUUACAGCACUAUAUAUCUUUCUCUCUCCAAAUGUCACUGAGCCCUUUAGAUGUUUAUAUUCACCACAAGAAGCCAGUCAUAAAGAUAAAGGAAAUUUGUGCAUUAUAAAUGCAAUAUCACUGUUUUAAACUUGACUGUUUUAUAUUAUUUUUGUGUGAUCAAGUGUUCCCCAAGCUAUUCCAACUUUACAAGAGAAAUUGUGAUUAUGUUCUUUUCACCUGUGGGUUAUAAAAAUGUUGUAUUCUGAAGACCCACAAAAUAUCAAAGACAUUCUGUAGUUUAUACACCGUGUUGCAAAGUGUUUACUGUACUAUUUCAAAGCUUCUAAAUAAAUAUAAAAUAUAUAUUAUAUUAUAUAAUUUUCCUAAAA